AUUCCAGCGACAGAACGGAGUGUUGCUGUGAUUUGUGUGGGUCAUUGUAAGAUGGCCAUUCAUGUGGAAGGACUGCUGGCCAUCGUCAUCUUCUACGUGCUGAUUUUAGUGGUGGGGAUCUGGGCAGCGUGGAAGAACAAGAACUCUGGGAUCUCGGAGGGAAUGGACCGCAGUGAGUCCAUCAUGAUCGGUGGCCGAGACAUCGGUCUGUUUGUAGGUGGAUUCACCAUGACAGCCACCUGGGUCGGAGGAGGUUACAUCAACGGCACCGCCGAGUCUGUGUAUCUGCCCGGAUCCGGCCUGGCCUGGGCUCAGGCGCCGUUCGGUUACGCACUCAGUUUGGUCGUAGGUGGGUUGUUCUUCGCCAAGCCCAUGCGCUCUCAAGGCUACGUGACGAUGCUCGACCCGUUCCAGCAGCUCUAUGGGAAGAGAAUGGGAGGCCUGCUCUUCAUACCUGCUUUGCUGGGAGAGAUCUUCUGGUCAGCUGCCAUUUUGUCAGCCUUAGGAGCAACCCUGAGCGUGAUCGUGGACAUCAACAUCAACAUGUCAGUGGUGAUUUCAGCCUUGAUUGCGAUCUUCUACACGCUGGUGGGGGGACUGUACUCGGUGGCGUACACAGAUGUCGUCCAGCUCUUCUGCAUUUUCAUAGGUUUGUGGAUAAGCGUGCCGUUUGCCCUGUCCAAUCCCGCUGUGUCAGACAUCGGCGUCACCGCAGUGAACACAGUGUUCCAGUCUCCGUGGCUGGGCCAGAUCGAUCCUUCUGAUGGCUGGAUGUGGGCUGAUAACUUCUGUCUUCUUAUGCUGGGUGGGAUCCCGUGGCAGGUGUAUUUCCAGCGGGUCCUCUCCGCCUCCUCGGCCAGCUACGCUCAAGUCCUGUCCUUCCUGGCUGCGUUCGGCUGUCUGGUCAUGGCCGUGCCGUCCGUCCUGAUCGGAGCUAUAGGAGCCUCCACAGACUGGAAUCAGACGUCGUACGGUCCGGUUCCUCCGGUGGAGAAGGACGAGUCGGACAUGAUCCUGCCCAUCGUCCUGCAGCAUCUCUGCCCUCCGUUCGUCUCUUUCUUUGGUUUGGGGGCGGUGUCAGCCGCUGUGAUGUCAUCCGCAGACUCCUCCAUCCUCUCAGCCAGCUCCAUGUUCGCACGAAAUAUUUACCAACUUGCUUUUCGCCAGUCGGCGUCGGACCGGGAGAUCGUGUGGGUGAUGAGGAUCACCAUCUUUGUGUUUGGAGCGCUAGCGACCGUCAUGGCCCUCCUGACGGGCUCUGUGUACGGCCUGUGGUACCUGAGCUCAGACCUGGUGUACGUCAUCAUCUUCCCUCAGCUCCUCUGUGUGCUGUUCAUCAAGGGCACCAACACCUACGGCUCAGUGGCUGGUUAUGUGUUCGGGCUGCUGCUGCGGGUCGGCGGGGGCGAGCCCUACCUCAGGCUUCCCCCGUUCAUCUACUACCCCGGCUGGACGACGCGUCAGAAGGAGCAGCGCCUCACGCGGGAGGUGGAGCACUUCGUGGAGCAGAGGUUCCCCUAUAAGACCGUCUCCAUGCUGGCUUCGCUUCUGAGCAACGCUGCCUUCUCAUACAUGGCCAAGUAUCUGUUUGAGAGCGGUACGCUCUCGCCCAAGUAUGACUUCCUGGACGCAGUGGUUACCAGACACAGCAAAGAGACGAUGGACAAGGCCACGCUCGUCGCCCAUGAUAACAUCCUCCUGUCAGAGCUGGCUCCUGUUCAGCCGCGGCACGGAGGAUCGGUGUCAGGAACGUUCCUGAACACUGAUGUCCUGACUGACGAGGGCCACAUGAGCCCGGACUCCAGUAGAGACAUGAGUGAUUACAUACUGAAGACAAAAUGAGCAAGCUGCACCCUGACAGCAGGCCAAAACUGUGCAAUACUCAUGGAGGGGGAACAAGUAGUGCAAUUACUAUUGACCUGACCUGACGUGAUUGAUGGUAUGUAUGAAACAAGCUUUUGUCUGCUUAGAAUACAACUGUUAUAGUGCAAUAUGUUUUUAAAAGCAUCUGUUACUGUCUGUAAUCCAUAUCAUGUUUGAAGGCAAUGGUUCGCCCAAAAACGAACAUGCUGUCUUUACUUACACAGCCUCAAGUCUGGUAUUUGAAAGCGAACAGACCGUUAAGAUCCAAAAGAUGAUAGAAAAGUACUCCUCGUGGCACAUGCACUAUACCCUGCUUAAUAUUAGUAUUAGUAUUUAUAUUUGAUCCAGAGUGGUUUUGGUGUACAUGCAUGCCCAGAUUUGCAGCUAGUGAGUUUGGGAUACGGAUGGAAUCGGCUGUGGGUUUAG